AUGCAAUUGGCGCGGUGGAAGCCCGAUAGUGCCUCCUCCGCCUGUGAUGGUUGUGCGAAAACAUUUGAGUUCUUUCGCCGUCGACAUCAUUGUCGACUUUGUGGAGAUAUAUUCUGCCACACUUGUUCCAAUUACGCACUCCCACACAAAUUACUCCAGCAAUGGUUAGAACUCUCCAAUAAUAAUAAUAAUAAUAAUAAUAAUAAUAAUAAUAAGAAUAAGAAUAAGAAUAAGAAUAAUAACAGUGGUGUGUUGCCAUCAUCGCCGACGGGAAAUGAAAGAGAGGAGGGAUCAUCCUAUCCAAUCAUGCAGCACCUCACUCGACUCUUACACCGCAGAAAUGAUGAUGUUCAGACAUCCACCGCCUCCACUUCACUGCAGUGUCCAACAACACCGACAAGAGAAGAAAAGAAAGAGUUGAAGGGAUCCGCAUUCGUAUUAUCAUCCUUAGCCCAAUGGGCACCCACUACCAUGCAUCGUAUUUGCAAACAAUGUUAUCAGAAGGUGAUGGCACAUCCCAUAUCCCGCAUGAACAGUGGAGUUUUCUAUACACAUAAUACCAAAGAAAACAACAGUACUGCCCUCUUAAGUAGAACUAGCAGUAUUAGCAAGAGAAGUACAGGUGGGGUGGUGAUGGAGCCACACCCACCACGUCCGCCUAUAUGUGGACGUGAACGUAAAGUCUGUGUAAUCAUGUUGCAAGGGAGUGGAUCUGUGGAGAAGGAGGAGUGUACGGGAUUAACAACCGCACUGGACACACUUGAGCAAUUUGUUAAUCGACAACACAUCGCCUCCUCUACGGGGAAUGUGAGCAGUAAAGAAACAACCCCAUCGCUUGGACCUUCUAUCAGUUCCGCCUCUGAUCUCUCUGGAAGUGAACGCAAUACUCUUGGGAUCACGGCACGCUGUAAAGAUACACCCACAAAGAGCCGACGGCGGAGUUGUGAACGAUUUACAUCUAGUAGUGCGGCCAGAAAACACCGCAGGAAGUUAGCCUUGCAUGUGCCUCUCUCCUUCAUUUCAGAAGAGACACCCAUUGUUAAUAAUAAUAAUAAUAAUAAUAAUAAUAAUAAUGAUUCCUCGCUGCUGGUUCGCACGCAGGUGGUGACGGUUACCCACCGCCAUGGAUUCGACAAGGCGCUUCUCCAGCAGCACACGAUUGGCACCGAUGCGUAUAUUCUUCUCCUCGACUCGGACGGCGGGUCGGCGGUGGAGGCGGCAGCCGUCGGCGGGAAUGUCUCCACCACCGCCACUGCGGGAUUCUACGGCUGGAGUGGAUUCCACACUUCCCAUCCUCUUUCUCUUUCUCAUCAUUCUCAUAAUAUGAAUAAUAAUAAUAUUAAUAAUAAUAUUAAUAAUAAUAAUAAUAAUAAUGAGAAUAAUAAUAACGGCCCAUCAUCGCAGGCAUUUCCUACGGAGAAGUCUCUGGCGAUGGUGCGGGGUGUGUGGGAGGCGGUGGAGCACUACGGCGGCGAUACGCCCAUCUGCGCAGUGGUGGAUUGCGUCCCCGCGGCGGAAGUGGGAGAGACCGCAGCCGAGAGGGAAUUCAUUUACUUGGGCAGUCCGCAUCCUCAUGAUAAUAGUGAUAAUAUUAAUAAUAAUAAUAAUAAUAAUAAUGGAGGAGGAGGUGCUUCUCAUAUGGGGAUAAAUGCGAAGGAACAAUGUGCAAUGUAUUUGCGCUGUUGCCGAGAUGAGGAUCCGCAACUCGCAUCUGCAGAGAGACAGGCGACAUCACUUCACCGUGCGCUUCUUCUUGUGUUGGGAGAAGUCCUCCGACGAGAUCUGAAAAGACAGGAAGAGUGA